UAUUUUUAAGGUUAUGUAAUAACUCAUAUGUUUUUAGUAUUGAUAAAUUUGAUAUUUUUUUAUUCAUAAAAUAUUUGAUUAUUAAAUAAAUAUUGUCCUUAAAAAAUAAUUUAAAUGAGUUUAUUACAGAGGGUUUGCUCAAAAUUGAGCUUAUUGUCUCUCAAGCCUCUGGGCGAAAGAUUAAUACAUAGAACCCAUCAAUUUUGUGCUUCUCCAACAUAUUUAGGGACCACUAAUCUUGUCUCUUUCUUAGGAAACCGAUUUUCAGCUUUAACCAUGCAGGAUCGAGGAAUGGCAACUUUAAACCAAAUGCAUCGUACAGGCCCACACCGGAAGCCACGAAUAAAAAAACGCCCUUUGGAUGGCAACCCCUUUAUGAAAGGGGUUGUCCUGAAAACCCUCAUUAAGAAGCCAAAGAAGCCCAACUCUGCGAACAGAAAGUGCGUUUUAGUAAGGCUGUCUAAUGGAAAGGAAAUGGUGGCUUAUAUUCCUGGAAUAGGACAUAAUCUACAGGAACACAAUAUUGUUUUGUGCCGGGUUGGACGUGUGCAAGAUUGUCCCGGUGUUAAACUGAAAUGUGUUAGAGGGAAAUAUGAUUUAGGGCACGUAAUAAAGCCAACUAAAUAAUGUAUUAAAAGCCUGACGAAUAAUUACGACCUAUAUAAAUAUGUCAUGUAGAAAGAUUUUGUAAAUAAAAGUUUUAAAGAAGGAAA